CUAACAUCACUCUCUACGUCUGCUCUCUAUUCGUAAACUACCGGAAAUAUUUAUUAAUACACUCCUUAUAUUGUCGCUUAAAAACAACAUGUGCAAGCACGUAUUAAACGCCCAAGUUGCGAUCCGCUCGCCGUGCUGCCGAAAAUGGUUUGAUUGCGCAGAAUGUCAUCAUGAGCAGGAAUCGCAUCAAUUACUACAAACCUUCGAGAUGACCUUUGCCUGCAAAAAGUGUAAAAAGUGUUUCCGCAAAGACGCCCAAGAAUUCGAAGAAGCCGAUGAAUAUUGCCCCCACUGCGACAACCAUUUCGUUAUCGAAGCCGUUAUACCUAAGCCCGCGUUGACUGUAGAAGGAGAAGAUGCCCGAGUAAAUAAUCGUAUGCUAAAAGACGAUCGGGUGAAGGAUAGUCAAAACAGAUCGAUUUUUGACAUCCAAACCGAUGCGGAUAAAUUGGGUUGAUGAGAGCAAAUCAAGGCAAAAGGCAGGGAGGGAUGAUUACAGGUUGCGAAGCGAUGCAUUUCACAUGAUACCACACAUUUAGACUUUUAAGGGGAGAACAAAAUCACAAGGAACAAGAAAUUGAGGAACAAU